AUGUUAGAAGAACAUGAAUAUGAUGAUGAUGAUAAUGAUGCUGUUCAAGAUCCAGCUAUUGUUCUUAAACGGCAAAAAUAUAAAACCCGAUUAUAUGUUGUUCUUCUUGCAGCAAUACCUUAUCGAAAUUUUGCUUCGAACAAUGUUACAAUGCAUUCGGUUUGUUCGAGUAUUUUUAUUGAACCAGAAUGGAUCAAAGGAUUAUAUUUUUCAAAUGCAAGUCAGUAUGGAGUAUGGGAUUUUCGAACAACAGCACAUUCACAAUUUAAACUUUUAUCAAGUUUUUGUUCAUUUUCAAAAGAAAUUAUUUCUCAAACUGAGAGUGAUAUUGACAAUAAUGAACUUGUUACUCUUUAUCUUCUUUCUGAAGAACAAACUCAAAUGCAAAUAGAUGGAACAAUUGGUUUACUAAAGAACAGUGCAUCGUCUCAAAUGAUAACAUAUUUAGAUUAUUUAAGACACACAAUUCAAACAAAUUAUUUAGUUUCAGCUCUCAAUACAAAUUUAAUAAUUACAAUAAUAGGGUCAGAUGAAUCUAUUAGAACAGCUGCAGCUCAAGUAUUUUACUCUGAUGCUCCUAAUACAAAUCCUAAACAAUGCGAUAGAGAGAAAAUAGUAACUGAUGCUACUCUCAGUCAAGUGAUCUACGAAUUAAUCGAAGCUGGUCUUGUACGCAAAAUGAAUCCGAUGCCAAAUUCUACAAUUGUUAAUGGAUUCUUUACAGGAUGUACUCCUCUUGAAGCACUUC